AUGACAAUCACUAAAACAUCAAUUUAUAAACAAAUUAACAAUUACCUUUCUAAAUCAAACUCUCAACUAUUAAUAACAUCAACAGAUAAAUUCUUAUUAAAUAAUAUUCUAAAAGAAUAUAUAAAUGUACGUUUAUCAAACUACAUAGAAAUUACAGACAACAAAACAAUUAAUCAAAUAAAAGGUAAUCCAACCUACAAGUAUUACAUACUCUAUCUAGACUAUUUUAACGUAUCCAAAUUCAUAACUAAUCUUUACUAUUUAAUUGAACUACCACAAAACAAUAACUGUCAUCUAAUUUUAGUAACUACUAACUGUCAAGUAUUAAAUCUUUUUGAAAAGAGAAUAAGAAGCAGAUUUGAGAACAACAUAAUCUUUAUAAAAACUAAAUCAAACUCAAAAAGUGAUGAAAUAACCAACUUUAUUAAUAAGUAUGAUUUAAAGGAAUAUUCAGUAAGUUUUAUAUUAGAAUUGCUAGAACCAAUACACUUAUUUAUGAUUUAUUUAGUUAAUAAGUAUAAUAUUAGUAAAAAAAGUAUAAUAUCAAAAUUUAAAGAAUAUUCAAUACAAGAAUUUAAAAGUGUAUCCUCUAUAAAAAUAUUGUAUAGUUAUUAUGAUUUAAUAGAGUUUAAAGUAAUAAGUGAAUCAGGUAGUAUUUUAAUAGAUUUAACAGAAUAUAAAAAUUUUAUAAGAAGCAGUUCAAAGCUUUAUUAUUUAAAAAAAAUUAUUUUUUAA